AUGUUACCAACAACAAUAAAUUCAACAGAACCAACAAAUGACACAACAUCAACAACAACAACAAUUGAUAAUCAAAUAAAUAAUAAUUUAAUUGAAACAUUACCAUGUAAUGCAUUAUGUCGACAAAAAUUAUUUAAUUUAUUAUCAUCAACACAUAAUAUUGAAAAACAUUUUAUUGAAAAUAUUUAUUAUGAAUGUAUACAAUUACAAAUACAAAUUAAUCAUGCUAAUAGACAAAUAAAUCAAUAUAGAAAUCUUUUACAAAUCGAACAUAUUCAAAUUAAUGAUCAACAACCAACAAAUGAUUAUUUAAAAUUAUUAGCAGAUUUAUUAACAAGUCAAUUAACAUCAUUAUCAGGAAUGAUGCAACAAACAGACAAGUAA